AGUGUUUGUGCCAACACUUCACUAGCAAUUUGCACAGAGUUUGACAAGGGGAUCCAGUCCAAGCAUUCAGUCAGGAUUUAUAUUUUUUUAUUUGAGAAGGCGCUACACACAUUUGGAACUUGUUUAGUUAAAGUGUAAAAAAGAAAACAGAAUGGAUUUGGGAAGGAGAAAAUCUGCAUGGUUCUUUAUUUUGGUUGCCUUUCAAUUGGCUUCCACUCCGAUGACCAUAUCAGCAGAAUCAGCAUGCAUGUCGACAACCACUGGUGCAUCAACAUCAGCUUGUAUUUCUACAACCACUGGAGUAUCAACAACAGCUGGAGGUUCAACAACCACUGGAGCCCGUUUUAAUUUUUUUCUCAAAUUUGAAAUAGUAGAAACAUUUAUUGCUGCUUAUGAUAAUAAUACCUCAGACGAAUAUACAGAGCUUGAGGACAGAAUUGAGAUAAGGUUCAACACGAUCUACAGUGCACAAUUUGGCGAGCGGUUCAUUCGGACAAUUAUCAUCGGAUUUAGGAUCUCUGUGGCUCAAUCGAACAAUACUGAAGCAGAAAUAGAGCUUGAGUUUCAGCCAACUGCUUCUCCACAAGCAAUCCCACAGUCUGAGGAGGUUCGAAGUACCUUGGUCAAAGGACUGAACAGCACAAACACAACCUCUAACCUCACUGUAGAUACUGCAAGCAUUACGAUCACAAAGACUCCAACUAUUACAACAACUAUCUGUUCUCCAACAACUACUGCUGGAUUAUCAACCACCACUACUAGAUCAACAACUGGUGGAUCAACAACCACAGGAGGAUCAACAACCACUGAAGGAUCAACAACCACUGGAGGUUCAACCACAACUGGAGGAUCAACAACCACUGGAGGACCAACAACAACUGGGGGUUCAACAACCACUGUUGUAUCUACAACCACGGGAGAUUCAACAACUGGAAGAUCAACAACCACUGGAGGAUCAUCAACGACUGGAGGAACAACCCCAACUGGAGGAUCAACAACCGAUGUUGUAUCUACAACUAAGGGAGGUUCAAUAACCACUGGACGAUCAUCAACCACUGGAGGACAAACAACCACUGGAGGAUCAACAACCACUGGAGGAUCAACAACCAAUGCAGGAUCAACAACCACUGGAGGAACAAUAAACACUGGGGGUUCCACAACUGGAGGAUCAACAACCACUACAGGAUCAACAACCACCGGAGGAACAAUAAACACUGGGGGUUCCACAACUGGAGGAUCAACAACCACGGGAGGAUCAUCAACCACUGGAGGACCAUCAACAACUAGGGAUUCAACAACCGCUGUUGUAUCUACAACUACGGGAGGUUCAACACCUGCAGGAUCAACAACCACUGCAGGAUCAACAACCACUGGAGGAUCAAUAACCACUGGACGAUCAUCAACCACUGGAGGACAAACAACCACUGGAGGAUCAACAACCAUUGGAGGAUCAACAACCACUGGAGGAUCAACACCCACUGCAGGAUCAACAAGCACUGGAGGAUCAAUAAACACUGGGGGUUCCACAACUGGAGGAUCAACAACCACUGCAGGAUCAACAACCACUGCAGGAUCGACAACCACUGGAGGACCAACAACAACUGGAGGAUCACCAACCACUGGAGGACCAACAACUAGAGGAUCAACAACCACUGGAGGACAAACAACGAGAGGAUCAACAACCACUGGAGGAUCAACAACCAAUGCAGGAUCAACAACCACUGGAGGAUCAAUAACCAGUGGACGAUCAUCAACCACUGGAGGACCAACAACCACUGCAGGAUCAACAACCACUGGAGGAUCAAUAAACACUGGAGGAUCAAUAAGCACUGGAGGAUCAUCAACCACUGGAGGAUCAACAACCACUGAAGGAUCAACAACCACGGGAGGAUCAACAACCACUGGAGGAUCAAUAAGCACUGGAGGAUCAUCGACCACUGGAGGAUCAACAACCACUGGAGGAUCAAUAACAACUGGAAGUUCCACAACUGGUGGAUCAACAACCACUCACUGGAGGAUCAUCGACCACUGGAGGAUCAACAACCACUGGAGGAUCAAUAACAACUGGAAGUUCCACAACUGGUGGAUCAACAACCACUGCAAGAUCAACAACCACGGGAGGAUCAAUAAACACUGGAGGAUCAAUAAGCACUGGAGGAUCAUCGACCACUGGAGGAUCAACAACCACUGGAGGAUCAAUAACAACUGGAAGUUCCACAACUGGUGGAUCAACAACCACUGCAAGAUCAACAACCACGGGAGGAUCAAUAAACACUGGAGGAUCAAUAAGCACUGGAGGAUCAUCGACCACUGGAGGAUCAACAACCACUGGUGGAUCAAUAACCACUGGAGAACAAACAACUACUGGAGGAUCAACAACCACUGA